AUGUCUUCAGCAAUUAUCGUCGGAGGAGGAAUUGCCGGUCUGCGGGCCGCAAAUGUGCUCAAAUCACACGGACUCAAGGUAACUAUCCUGGAAGGACGAGACCGAGUGGGAGGACGUAUCCUGACCGAGACCGAACCGUUCAUGCACGAGAUGGGGGCUUCAUGGUUCCAUUCGACGGCUACCAACAACUUGAUGCCUUUGCUGAAGACUCUCAACAUUGAAGGUUACUUUGACGACUCUUCUGUUGUUGCUCUUACCGAGCACGGACCUGCUAAGGGCUCUGGAGGAAACGUCAAGAACGAGUUUGUUGCAUGGGCUCAUAACUACUUCAAGCUCAAUCCUACCGCCGAGGAUAUGAGCGCCAAGAAGCUGUACCAGAAGUACGCCGAGAGUGUCUCCCAUAUUGACUCCGAGGCCAAGGAGCAGGGCUACGCUGUGGCUCGAUUCUUUGAAAUCCCCUUUGGAAUGCCUUUCUCCGAGAUCUCCGGCAAAGCUGUUUCUGGAGCUGGAGGAUCCCGACCUCGAGAUCUGUACAUUCUCAAUGGCUACACCAAGGUCAUUGACUGGCUCAAGAAGGAGAUUGCUGACGAUAUUAAGCUCGGCGUCGAUGUUUCGGCCAUCGAGAAGACCUCCAGUGGCUACAAGGUGACUACAUCCAAGGGUGACUACACUGCCGACGCCGUCAUCGUGGCAGCUCCUCUCAAUGUACUCAAACGGGGCGACAUUUCUUUGCCCUCUGAUGUCUCCAAGGUCUCUCAGGCUCUUCAGCACAUGUCAUACGGAGGAAUGAGCAAGAUCUACCUCACCUUCGACAAGCCCUUCUGGGACACUUCAGUUGACCAGUUCCAUUACAUUCCUUCCGAGAAUGCUAAAGAGGCCGUUCUGAAUCAACCCUUCGUGAUUGUCAACCUGGCUGCCUCCGGAAAGGCUCAGGGUCUGUGCUUCCUGACUUCCAAGGAGACCUCUGAUCUGCUGGAGAAGACCUCAACCAAGGAUGACAUAGUCAACCUCAUCAAGCCUGUGCUUUCUGUUCUGGGCUACAAAGACGAGAAGCCAACCUUCGUGGAGCGAACCACCUGGACUCAGGACAAGUAUGCUGGCAACGGUACCUUCUCUUCUACCAAGGUUGGUGACGAUAGAGGAGCUUGGCUUGAGGCUGUGCAUGCGGUCUCUGGUAACCUCCAGUUUGCUGGUGAGCACUGCGCUUUUGAUAAUGCGGGAGCUGCUGACGGAGCCUUUGACAGUGGCAGUGUGGCCGCCAAAAAGAUACUGGAGGGGCUCAAGGUGGCAUACAAGAACGACAACUUCGCCAAGCUCUAA